CUCGCUGUGUACUGAGACAAUGCAUGUAUUUUACUUUAGGUGGAGCCCUGAGAUACCAGUCAGGAAAAAUCACACCAUUAAAGAGGGUGCCAAUGCUGAGGAUCUUGCUGACCAACACAAAAGUCCCUCGAAGCACCAAGGUCUUGGUGGCUGGUGUCAAAGAGAAGAUCCUGAAGUUCCCUGCUAUAAUGAACCCGGUGCUGGACUCCAUCGAUGCAAUUUCUCAGGAGUGCCAAAGUGUUCUGGAAGCGAUGCCGGCAAAUCCAUCACCGGAGUAUUACCCUGUGCUGGAGGAACUCUUUGAUAUAAACCAACACCACUUAAACGUGAUCGGAGUCGGCCAUCCCUCCCUGGACAGGCUGUGCCGGGUGACGGCGUCCCACGGCCUGCAUAGCAAGCUGACUGGGGCUGGCGGGGGCGGCUGUGGCAUCACGCUGCUGGGACCAGGUCAGUGACCCUCCGCUCGCCCCUGCCUGGCCGUGGAAGCAGCCAAGCGAGACUUAUGUGCCUGUGGAUUUGAAUGCUGGGAGACUAAUAUCGGGGCCCCAGGAGUGACCCUGCACUCCUCCUCGUCUUUAAACGCCGAAGUGCUGCACGCGCUCUUCGAGAGUUAA